AUAUAAUAGAUCACAUAGUAAGUGAUCAAAAAAUGUUAGCUUAACAAAUGCUAUAUUCUCAUGUCAAAAUUUGGGUGAGGGGUUCAUAGAUUUAGCCAGCUGCUCAAAGAAUUCUGUGUCUCAGAAAUUCAACCACUGUGGUAAGUGAAGCUGUGAAAGGCAGGAGAAAUUAUUCAAAAAGAAUGUGCAGAAGCAGAUGAGAAAAAUAAGUAAGAAUCUCGGGGAACUAUCUGAGCUUGAUGAGUGAGAGAGAGAGAAGGAACCAGAUAAGAAAACUGAGAAGUAAUGCAGAGGUAAAGCAGAAACCAGGAACUGGCAGGGUCACAGAAGCCAGAAGAGGAAAUAUUUUUAAGAAAAAAAAUAUCACAUACUUCAGCCAUGUGGAAGAAGCUCAACUGUAAGAAUGAUCGACUGGAUCUGACAAUAAUAUGGCAAAAUGGCAGAGGUGAGGGAAGACUCAAUCCCCAUGACUGACUGAUACUGCCUUUGGAAGAUGAGUUUCUCUCUGUGCAUCAAGUUGACAAGGCAUUUGGGGUGGCGCACUGAAAAGGAAGGAAAAGAGAAGCGACUGAAGCAAGCUAAAGAAGAAGCUAUGGCAGAAAUUGACCAGUACAGAAUGCAGAGAGAUAAGGAGUUCAGACUGAAGCAAUCUAAGAUAAUGGGCUCUCAAGGUAAUCUCUCAGAAGAAGUAGAAGAGCAAACACAAGGGAAGAUAAAAGAACUGAAUGGAAGCUACAACAAAUACAUGGAAAGUGUGUUGAAGCAGCUUUUGAACGCUGUUUGUGAUGUGAAGCCAGAAAUCCAUGUAAACUACAGAGCCACCAACUAAAUGGGCACCCCACUGUUCAAUAAAAGCUAUAUGCAUGCCA